CCCCCGCCGCCGCCGCCGCCGCCGCGCCCCCCGACCCUGGGAGGGGACACCUCGGUCAAGGGGGAGAAAGUCGGAAGAGAGGCGACACCCAAAGGAGACCGAAAGGGAGAAAGGAGGAGGGCCGGUGCCCGAAGGAGAGACGGAGAGACAGCCAGAGAAGGGGAGAUGGGCACCCCCGGGGAGGGGCUGGGCCGCUACUCGCAUGCCCUGAUCCGCGGGGUCCCGGCGGCCCUGGGGGAGGAGGGCGCCAGGGAAGGGCCCGUCCUGGACCUGGCAAAGGCGCAGCGGGAGCACGGGGUGUUGGGGGGGAAACUGAGGCAACGGUUGGGUCUGCAAUUGCUGGAGUUGCCUCCGGAGGAGGGUCUGCCCCUGUGUCCCCUGCUGGGGGACACCGCCAUCAUCCAAGGGGACACGGCCCUGCUGACCCGGCCCUGGAGCCCGGCCCGCCGGCUGGAGAUCGACGGCGUCCGCAAAGUCCUUCAGGACCUGGGGCUUCGGAUCAUGGAGGUUGGAGAUGAAAAUGCCACGUUAGACGGGACUGAUGUGCUGUUCACCGGCCGAGAGUUCUUUGUAGGACUUUCCAAGUGGACCAACCACCAAGGAGCGGAGAUUGUGGCUGAUACGUUCAGGGACUUUGCCGUCUCCACAGUGCCAGUCUCUGGCUCUGGCCAUCUGCGGGGGCUCUGCGGCAUGGGGGGGCCCCGGACGGUCGUUGCGGGCAGCAGUGAAGCCGCCCAGAGAGCCGUGAGGGCCAUGGCCUCACUGACGGAUCACCCCUACGCUUCCCUGACCCUUCCCGACGAUGCAGCUGCCGACUGCCUCUUCCUGCGGCCCGGCCCUGCCGGAGCCCCCCCCUUCCUGCUGCACCGUGGGGGUGGGGAUCUGCCCAACAGCCAGGAGGCCCUGCAGAAGCUCCCAGAUGUGACUCUGGUCCCCGUGUCCUGCACAGAGCUGGAGAAGGCCGGGGCGGGGCUCAGCUCCCUCUGCCUUGUCCUCAGCACCCGUCCCCACAGCUAAGC